GGCAGAACACCAUCAUCUUCCACCACUCGGCCCAUUUCUGUCGAAAACCCUAUCUGUUUGCUCCACAGCUUCUCUAAUGGCCGACCCAAUUCCUCUUGCACUCUGAUUCCAUUUUCCUCUAAAAUAUUUUUUUCUUCAUAUUCGGAACCUUUUCUCCUGCUUGAGAUCCAGAGAUUUUAGGGUUCUUAAAGUUAAAAAAAAAAAACGGCAGAAACACAUACACACAAAAGUUAACGUUUGGGAGAAGGCGAGAAUUGCCAUGGCUUCUGUGAAUCUGAGUUCGUGUGUUCAUCCAUGCUAUUCCUCUGUUCUCAACCAAGCGAGACGACCCCGAUCAGUACCCGGUUCCGGAUCCGCAAUCGUACCCGGGUCCGGACCCUCCCUCAAGAGUCUCUCCUUCGUCCCUCGCCCAAAACGCAGCGGCUUGUGCGUUGUCACUAGAGAAGACAGCACUCACCAGGAGGAGGAGAACCGCAAAUCCGCCUUCGAUUUCAAGGCCUAUAUGAUCGGUAAGGCCGAAUCGGUGAACAGGGCACUCGACCUCGCCGUCCCUCUCGGCGAACCCAUCAAAAUCCACGAAGCAAUGCGUUACUCUCUCCUCGCCGGCGGAAAGCGAGUCAGGCCGGUCCUUUGCCUCGCCGCGUCCGAGCUCGUCGGCGGAGAUGAGUCCUCCGCCAUGCCCUCCGCCUGCGCCGUCGAGAUGAUCCACACCAUGUCCCUCAUUCACGACGAUCUGCCCUGCAUGGACAACGACGACCUCCGCCGCGGCAAGCCCACCAACCACAAGGUCUUUGGCGAGGACAUGGCCGUAUUGGCGGGAGACGCACUCCUGGCUUUCGCGUUCGAGCACGUGGUGGUGGCGACGGAGGGUAUUUCUCCGGCGAGGGUCGUCCGGGCAGUCGGGGAGCUGGCGAGGUGCGUCGGAAGCGAAGGGCUUGUGGCUGGGCAAGUGGUGGAUUUAAGCAGCGAGGGGCUGAACCAGGAAGAGGUGGGGUUAGAGCAUCUGGAGUUCAUCCAUGUCCACAAGACCGCGGCUUUGCUCGAAGCCUCUGUGGUUAUCGGUGCGAUAAUGGGAGGCGGAUCGGACGAGGAGAUCGAGAGGCUCAGACAGUUCGCGAGAUGCAUUGGGCUUCUGUUCCAGGUGGUGGACGACAUCCUCGACGUGACGAAGUCGUCGCAGGAACUGGGAAAAACGGCCGGAAAAGAUCUGAUCGCGGACAAGCUGACGUAUCCGAAGCUGAUGGGUCUGGAGAAAUCGAUGGAGUUCGCCGAGAAGUUGAAGCGGGAGGCUCAAGAACAGCUUCAAGGGUUCGAUUCGGACAAAGUGGCGCCUCUCUUGGCUCUGGCCAAUUACAUUGCCAGCAGACAAAACUGAUUGAUUUACUUUAUAACCGAAAAUGGAAAAUGUAUUAACUUCAUAAUGCAUAAAUUCUUGGACAAAAAGAAAUAAAAACCCAACAGAACUUCUAAUUAGUGAUGUA